AACUGACUGGAAACUUCAGUGGCGCCGCGUUGCCAGUUUCACCCCAGGAACUUUCCUUUGCAGGAGGAGACGAGAAGGGGUGCAAGCGCCCCCCGCUUUUGCUCUUUCUUCCCCUCCUCCUCUCCACGUCGUCUUUCCCCACUGGGAGCGGGCAGCUGCCGGCCGGCCACCCCGCGCCUUCCUAAGUCCCCGCCGCCGCCAAGUGACGCGCCAGCGCCCCGGGAGCUGCACGCUCCGCGUCCGGGCAGCCGAGGGGAGAGGAGCCCGCGCCUCGAGCCCCCGAGCCGCCGCGGCUGCUCGCCUUUCCCUGCCACCCGCCCCCUGUCCCGGGCCCGCGUAUGAAUCUCCUGGACCCCUUCAUGAAGAUGACCGACGAGCAGGAGAAGGGCCUGUCCGGCGCCCCCAGCCCCACCAUGUCCGAGGACUCGGCGGGCUCGCCCUGCCCUUCGGGCUCCGGCUCGGACACCGAGAACACGCGGCCUCAGGAGAACACGUUCCCCAAGGGUGAGCCGGACCUGAAGAAGGAGAGCGAGGAGGACAAGUUCCCCGUGUGCAUCCGCGAGGCCGUCAGCCAGGUGCUCAAGGGCUACGACUGGACGCUGGUGCCCAUGCCCGUGCGCGUCAACGGCUCCAGCAAGAACAAGCCGCACGUCAAGCGGCCCAUGAACGCCUUCAUGGUGUGGGCGCAGGCGGCGCGCAGGAAGCUCGCCGACCAGUACCCGCACCUGCACAACGCCGAGCUCAGCAAGACGCUGGGCAAGCUCUGGAGACUGCUGAACGAGAGCGAGAAGCGGCCUUUCGUGGAGGAGGCGGAGCGGCUGCGAGUGCAGCACAAGAAAGACCACCCCGAUUACAAGUACCAGCCGCGCAGGAGGAAGUCGGUCAAGAACGGCCAGGCGGAGGCCGAGGAAGCCACCGAGCAGACGCACAUCUCCCCGAACGCCAUCUUCAAGGCGCUGCAGGCCGACUCGCCUCACUCCUCCUCCGGCAUGAGCGAGGUGCACUCCCCGGGAGAGCAUUCCGGGCAGUCCCAGGGCCCGCCGACCCCACCCACCACCCCGAAAACCGACGUGCAGCCGGGCAAGGCUGACCUGAAGCGCGAGGGGCGCCCCCUGCCCGAGGGGGGCAGACAGCCCCCCAUCGACUUCCGCGACGUGGACAUCGGGGAGCUGAGCAGCGACGUCAUCUCCAACAUCGAGACCUUCGACGUCAACGAGUUUGACCAGUACCUGCCGCCCAAUGGCCACCCGGGGGUCCCAGCCACGCACGGCCAGGUCACCUACACUGGCAGCUACGGCAUCAGCAGCACCGCGGCCACCCCGGCCGGCGCCGGCCACGUGUGGAUGUCCAGGCAGCGAGCCCCAGGCCCAGCGAACCAGCAGCAGUCGCCGCAGCAGAUCGCCUACAGCCCCUUCAGCCUCCCCCACUACAGCCCCUCCUACCCGCCCAUCACCCGCUCCCAGUACGAGUACACCGAGCACCAGAACUCCAGCUCCUACUACAGCCACGCUGCCGGCCAGGGCUCCGGCCUCUACUCCACCUUCACCUACAUGAACCCGGCGCAGCGGCCCAUGUACACCCCCAUCGCCGACACCUCCGGGGUGCCCUCCAUCCCGCAGACCCACAGCCCCCAGCACUGGGAACAGCCGGUCUACACACAGCUCACCCGACCUUGAGGCGACCUUCCACGGGCCUGAGGCUGCGGAGAGCGUUAAGAGAACCCAAGAAAUCGCCCACCAGAGUUUCCCUUGAACAUUGUUUUGAGCACUCUUGAAAGCCACGGACGCUGGAGGCGAGGCCUGCCCCACCGGACAUUCGCCGUCACCCACCACACCACCACCUUGUUGCAAAGCGGUGGCCAGGCCACCUGGCGAGAAGGACCAGCGAAUCCCGAGAAACUGGACUGAAACCUUCUGCGAGGCACAUGGAGGACCAUGGAAAAUUGCUCAAUCUCUCUGCCUGUUUGGACUUUAAUUAUUUUUUAGCAGUAAUUAAAGAAAAAAGUCCUCUGUGAGGAAUAUUCUCUAUUUUAAAUAUUUUUAGUAUGUACUGUGUAUGAUUCAUUACCAUUUUGAGGGGAUUUAUACAUAUUUUUAGAUAAAAAAUUAAAUGCUCUUAUUUUUCCAACAGCUGAACUACUUAGUUGAACAGUGUAUGCUAGCUGUCCUUGCAACCAGAGUAUUUUUGUACAGAUUUGCUUUCUCUUACAAAAGAAAAAAAAAGUGUGUGUGUUGUUAACGGGAAAAAAACACAGAUUUGUGUUAGGAGAUCGGUUGGGGGGGGGUUAGCUUUGCUCGAUUCCUCAAGCUUUCUGAUUCAAGGAGGAGCUGCCUUAGAAAGAAAAAGAGGCCUUAUCUUGCAGAAAAUAAAAAAAAAAAGGAAGUAAACACAGUCUAGAGAAGCAUUUGGUAAGCUUUAUCAUAUAUAUUUUUUUAAACAAGAGCAGACCACCUUGAGCCUUAAAGCCCGCCGCUGGCAAGACCUUGCGUUCUCUUUUGAGCCCAUAUUCUCUUGCGUUUGCUCCCUUGCUGCAACCUUAAGCAGAAAGCAAGCAAAGGAGACAAAAUCGGUUGGGGAAAUGUCGCAGUAGCCAAAAGCCCCAGCCCACGGCCCCUGUCGCCUGCCACGAGGCCUGCAGAAGCUGGGGCUGGCUCUAAGUCACCCGUGCCUCUCAGUACACCAGCAGUUAACCUUCAAGACAGCCCAUGUGCUAAAAUUAUUUAUUUUGUAAGGAGAGGUUUUAAUUAAAAAAAUCUUCCUCUUUUUUUUUUUUAAUUUACCUUCUUUAAAAUAGGUUGUUGGAGACUUCCUCAAAGGGUAUGGUCAUCUGUUGUUAAAUUAUGUUCUUAACUGUAACCAGUUUUUUUUUAUUUAUCUCUUUAAUCUUUUUUUAUUAUUAAAAGCAAGUUUCUUCGGAUGCCUUGUCCCAGAUUUGUAUAAAUGCCUAUGUCUGUCCUUCUUUUUCUUUGUUGUUUUUUUUUUUGUUGUUGUUGAAAACAAACUGGAAACUUGUUUCUCUUUUUGUACAAAUGAGAGGUUGCAAAUGUAGUGUAUCACUGAGUCAUUUAGUGUUUUCUGCCACAGAUCUUUGGGCUGCCUCCAUGGUGUGUGAGCUGUGACAUAUGUGGAAGCCAAAGCCCCCUGCAUGUUCUCUUGGAGAGAGGGAAGAAGGGGGAGGGACUCGGCCCACUGACAGACCUUCACUCUUCAUUACUGCUGUGGCUGGACAGUUUGGGGAUUGCUUUUUAAAAAAGACAGCAAACUUUUUUUUAUUUAAAAAAAGAUAUAUUAACAGUUUUUAGAAGUCAGUAGAAUAAAAUCUUAAAGCACUCAUAAUAUGGCAUCUUUCGAUUUCUGUAUAAAAGCAGAUCUUUUUUAAAAAAAUAUUUCUGUAACUUAAGAACCCUGGCAUUUAAAUCAUAUUUUGUCUUUAAGUAAGGUUCGGUUUGUGUUUGUGUUUUGUUUGUUUUGCUUAUUCCCUGACCCCAGACCUUUUGUUCUCUCUGUGAAACUUACCUUUUCCUUUUC